GUGAAUAGUAGAAAUGGCGGGAUUUAAUCGUUUUCUCGUGGUCUGUUUCGUCAAUUUCCGAAUAAAGUGACAUGAUUACUAUACACGUUUAGAGUUAAUAAAGUUAAAGUUAAUAACGAUCGUGGUGAAAAGGAGCAUCGAAGUCGAACUAGCUGAUGCUGCAAGAAGGUAUUCUGUGAAUAUAUAAGCCAACGCGACAGGUUUUCUGUAAUCAGCGUGUUCCAACGACGACAACUCCCUAACCUUCCAUUCGCCCACGUUGGCAGAUUCGCAAGUAACGCAAACACGCGAAGGGAUGAAUUAUAAGAUGGGAAAAAAAAGAAACAAUCAAUCACCAUCUGUACCAAUACCCGGUCGUGUAAAGGUAGAAAUAAAAGAUGAAUUAGGAGAUAGUGAUGUACUUGUAGCAAGAGAUCGUUUAAAAGGAGCUCUCAGAGAGUUAUUGCAACAUAGUGAUACAGGAUCAUCAGCAGAUUCAAGUGAAGAGAGUUCUACACAAGAUUAUAAACAUCAAAUUAAAAAAAUUGAUAACAUAUAUAGAACAAAAUCAAUGGGUUUUCAACAACCACGUAAAGUAAGACGUCGUAGACAAGUGCAAAUGGAUACUGCAUUUCAUCAUACUUAUGUAAUGAAAUUAUUUGAUAGAAGUGUUGAUUUAGCACAGUUUCAAGAAGAUACACCACUUUAUCCUAUAUGUAGAGCAUGGAUGGCAAAUCAACCAAGAAAUCCUAAUCUUGUUCCAAAAAUACGUAGUCCAAGUCCAGAGAUAUUAAAUGAAGUUAAUAUAAGUAAUAAUAUAUUAGAUAGUAAUGGAGAAGUUCGUGAUGUUUAUUAUUUACCACCUCCAUUACCUUGUGAAGAAGCUAUACCUAAAAAUCGUAUACCCUCACCAAUAAUUAGAGAAAAAGAGGAAUUGAAUUUAGAUUAUGACGGACAAACUCUAAAAUCACGAGAAAUGUUAUUAAGAGAACACAGAGUACAUUGGAAUGCUGUGCGCAAAAAAUGGUAUCAACAAGCAUAUAAGAAUGAACAACGUUUCACACAAAGUGCAAAUAUAUUAAAUACUAUAUUUAAGAGGGCACAAUCAGAAUUUGAAUGAAUUAUUAUCUGACAAAUUAAUUACUAUCAUCUAUUAGUAAUAAAUAUAAUUUUUGCUUAUGUUAUAUAAAUAUUUUUUUUCACACUUUUUCUACAUAUUUUAUUUUGUACACAUACUUAUAUUUGUUAUAUACUACUUGUAGAAAUAUACCUUUUUAUUACAAUAUUAAUAAUAUACUACAAUUACAUUUCAUUAUGACCAAUUAUUUAAUUUAUAAAAAAGAUUCUGUUUUAAGUAAUAAUUCAAUUUUGAAAUAGAAAUUUUUACAGAUAUGUAGUUAUUACAUUUGUCUCUUGAUAAAUUAUUGGUAUACUAAUAACAAAUUAAUUAAUAAUUUUUUUUUUUUAUUUCAUACACAUAAUUUGUACUAAACAUUCCAACAAAAUUAUUUAUCUACAAUGCAUAAACUACAAGAAAUAAAUAAUAUAUUUUCGUUAUAUUGCUAUUUUUAAUAAAUUGAAAUGCUACUUACAAUUAUUUUAUCACGGGUAUAAAAAGGAACUUGGAAUAGUUUUAAUUGCCUGAACGUUAAGAGGCAGUUUUGUUAGUAUAUUAUUCGAUAAAAUAUUAAUUUGGUAUAUAUCCCUAAAUUUUGAUACUAGAAAUUUUUGAAAAUUCGAAUCUAAUUAUUAGGAAAAAGGAUAAAACAGAUAAUCAUCGAAGACUUGAGAAUUACAAGCUUUUUAUUUGAAAUAUUGACAGUCGUAACUUACAAUACUUUCAAUAAGAAUUUAUCUCUAUUUAUUUAAUAUCAUUUAAUUCGAAUAUAAUUUGGAGAGCCAGAAAUAUUCUGAUCUUUCUGUUAGAGCAAUUGUAAUUUUCAAGACUUCUGAGUAUUAUGCAUAAUAUACCAUGUAUUCCUCCAUACUAUUCAAUUUUUUAAUUCAUAUAAAAUGUAGCUAAGAAAUAAAUAACAUAAUUUAAAUUAUUUACUUUCAUAGUUAAUGUUAUAUUAUCUCCACCGUUCGAUUUAUAUAUAUAUAUUACGUAUGUACGUACGUACGUAUGUAAUGUAUGUAUAUAUUUAUGUAUAUAUAUAUGUAUUCAUAAACACAUAUACAUACAUACAUACAUAUAUACAUAUUAUAUAUAUAUAUAUAUUUUUUUUUAACUAUUUAUAUAUAUUAUAACAAAUGACUGUUGUAAACAACAGGUUUAUUUAAUGCGUCUUAUGAAUUGUAAGAAAUGAUUUCGCGUUUAAUAGCCAUGCUUUUGGAAGAUUUCACGUAGUCGUGGAAGUAUAAUGUGAUCAAAUUUGCUAUGACUAUUGCACAUUCAUUUGUCUGUGAGAGAUAAUUCCAACACUUGUCGAAACGUUUCUUCUUCUAAUAAUCGACGCUGUUCUUCUUCUAACUGUUGUAAUUCCGAAAGUCUUAACGCCAGUCUUAAUUGUUCCGCUGUAUCUUCGAGCGAGUCACUGUUUUCUAAAUCAUUUGUUUUAUCCGUGUUAUUUUGACCGCUCGCACAUCCAGCAGUACUAUCUUGACAAAGCGCCAAACUUGCCUGUAUAGCUCUGUUUUACAUAUGAGAGAAAAAGAAAGGAUAAAAAUUAUUUAUUAAAAAAAAAAUUUUCUGAUAAUAAUAUUCUAUAGGUACAUUAAUAUGUACUAAAAAAAUAUGUAAUAUAUGUAAUAAUGUAAUAAAAAAAAAUAAAAUAUCAAAAUAAA